UUUAGUGAAUGGUGAAGUGUAGCAGAGGAAUUGUUUUACUUGGAAAUCUGGCAGAACUGCUGGAGUAUAAAGAUGAGGCUGGAGAUGUCAGGGACAUUACAAGCAACAAGUGGAGAAGAAGACAGCCAUACCACACAGAAGUCUACUUACAAGACACUCAACAGUGCAAGAUGAAGAUCCACUUUGUCUUUCUUCUCAUGUGUGCUGCAAUUUGUGCAUCACAACCAUUAAAACUACAUUGCAGAUGUGCUAAAACAGACAAAUCAGUGAAACUUAAUCUAAUAUUGUCCUAUCGGAAGACAGCCCCAACCAUUUUCUGCAACAAAAUUGAAGUCAUAGUGACCCUCAAAGACAAGAGAGAAGUGUGUAUUGAUCCCAAUGGAAAAUUCUUUCAUUUUCUUGUGGAUUUGAGGAAGAAAUUGGCCCAAACUCGAGACAAGAAAAACUCUAUUACAACAACAGCUGAACCAACUGCAUCUGUCAAAACUCUCCAGACGUCAUCGCCUUUAAUGUCAACUAAUACUACUUCAAAACAGAAAUAGCCACAGGAAAAAAGUUAUGACCUGAUUUACUUUUAUCUUUACACCAAUCAAAACAUGUCAGAGCUAGAAAUUUUGAAGUUUUGUGUUUCAAAUAUAUUUAUCUAUCACAGGUACAGGGCUUUUCUGAUUGAAGUAUUUUUUUUUUUGUAUAUUUUUGACUUCAAGUGAAUUUUGUUUUGUACAAUAUUUUUGGAUAUAAGAGAAGAUUGACAAUGUUAUUUCUUGUUUGUUGACACCUUCAGUAAAUUGUAUGUCAUUUUUGUAAUAAAUAGUAAUUAUAACAAUAAUCAAUAGUUCACUCAUUAUUUUAUUGUAUUUUAUGAGGGAAUUAUAUAGACCAGGGGUUUUCAAACUGGGUGAAUGUGAGCCUUACCCCCAAGGAAGGUUCAGAGGUUCCACCAAAGUGAUUCAUAUUCAAGCCAAUUAUGAAGUGAAGCAGAUCAGUGAUUGUCACCAUCAUGUCUUGAUCUGCCAAAAACAUUUUUAACAAUCCCUCUAGCAGACUGGGCUGAUGAUGCAGACUUUCAGAAGGCUACUAAAAUUAUGCAUUCCUGGAAAGUUGUCAAUGAUGUUGCUGAAAGGGGGUGAAGCUUAGUCAAGGUUUUAACUGUAUCCCGACAAAGAAUGAACAUCAGAAACAGUUUCUACUGCAGGUGUCAAAGAGCACAGGCACAUCUUUUGUCAUGUCAACAAUGCUACAGUCGUUGCUGGAUGGUCUAAAUAACUUUUCAUGGACUUUAUGGACUUUCUAAGCAACUUUUAUGGACUUUCUAAGCAAUUUGUAUGCAAGUUUCAGUUUAUGUUUGCAGAAUAAAAUGACAAAUUAUUCAAAUACACCUUAUUUAUUUGGUUCACUAUGUUAUAGUAUAGGCCCUAUAUUUUUCACAGGUUCACUGUUUUUAUACCAAUUGAAGUAAACUUUUGUAUGUUUUUGUCUUUGAGUGAAUUUAGUUUUGUACAAAAGUUUUGGAUAUAAAAGAAGAUUGACAAUG